CGUCGAAAUAGGCUCUCCGAUCGAGCAGGACUUCAGCAUCGCAGGCCAGGCUGACCCGCUCACGAAAAGCGCGCAGCAGCCGACGCCGUCAAGGACGUCCGACCGACGGGAAGCUGCCCCCCUUUCCGUCACUGCUCUGUCUCAUUUUGCGCAUGCGUUUCCCCAUCGUCGAAGAGAGAGAGAGAGAGGCUAAGGAGGAGUCGAGACGCGUCAGAAGACGGCAGCAACAAUUAGGUCUGAGCGUAUCAUCGACCAGCCAUAAUUCGUAGGAAGCUGGGUGGGCAGUAGAGGCUUUGGCGGUCCAUGAGGCGAUCAAGCCGCCUUUCCGGCUACGAUGGCGGGGGUGGUUCUGCUAUGUCGUCAUCAUCUCGUCCAAGCACCUCGUCCGAUGCAACGUCACCGGGUGCCCUUCCUACCAUUGCACAUGCACGCGCUAGAGCAAAGGCCGCCGCCACGGGUGCGGGUGCCGGGACCAGCAGCAGAGGCAGGGAUCAUGACGACAACCAUAUUGGGAGGGAAAGAGUCGAGCGGCGUUUUGAGGACUUCAUGGACGAAGAUGCCACGACUGCAGCAUCGGGCUCUGCGCCGGGAGAAAUGACGACGUUCUUUCGUGAGCCGAUGGAAUCGAGGAAGCGACAUCAUCGAGCGUCUUCAAGCUCACCGCAGAGGCAUGGUGAGCCAGACGAUAUUUAUGUCGGAGCAAGAGCAGUUCGCGAUGCAGGCCAAUUGAGGAAUGUUGCCGAAUCCUCAAGUAGAAAACCUAGAAAGACCUAUAACGAGCAGGUGGACGAAAGCGGCUUCAUAUUCACCUCGGAGCGGCCGCGUGAUCCUUCGUCUUCAUCGUCAACAGCAGCGCCACGAGGUGUGCCGGGAUCUAUGGGCCCACCUCCGACAGCCUCCUACCGGACGAUGUAUGAGCCUUUGGCUGACGUGGGCAUUGGUGAGACGCCCGUCCAUCGAAGAAACCAAGCCUUCCGAGCUCGUGGUGGUCUAGACAAUGCAGACAACCAGAGCACGCCUCUCGGAAACGUUAUGUCAUCUGCGCGACGAUCGUCUAUAGGGACCAAGUCAAACCGAAGAGUGUCGUCGCUCACCAGUGGCGCACCGGCUUAUCCACACCCUCGAGUGCCCGAUAAGGAAAUGUACCGGCACUGCAGCAACGAAAUUGGCGACGUUGGCAGGAUGAAACACCUGGCAGGCUGGGCACUCAAGAGAGCCGUGGACGCUACGCUCCAAGGCGAGACGAGAAAGAAUCGGAGGGGAGAAUCACAAAAGUACCUCUCGUCAAGAGAGCUGCGAGAACUGGAGAGGUGCAAGGACGUCGUCAAAUCUGCUAUGGACGCGAUGCUGGCCGACCUCAAUCGAGGCUUGGUUAAUGUCAGCUGGCUGGGUCGCCAAAAGAUUUCGUCCUCAGUGCAAAAGACACCGCAUCCUCGCAACAUGGCCAACACGUCCUCUUCUGAACGCCUUUCUUCACAUCUCGAAAGCUUGACGCGCGAAGUGGAAGCCUGGAGGACAGAGGAGGCGAAAUUGGACGCGUUCGAGGAGGAAACACGACGGUUGGUCGAGGAAGCUCGGAUCAGCUUAGCCCUCGAGGGUCCAGACGAUGUGACGCUUCCUAGUGGAGGAGCAGAGUCAGAGCUGUUGGAAUGGGCCGACACCGACCUGAGCGAGGGGCAACUCGAACAGCUACAGGAAGCGAGGAGAACCUUGGCAUACGAGGCGCCAUGGGCUGCUGGCGAUGGAGGGACAAGAGGCGAUGCGGCAGUUCGGGCCGCGAGCCUCUCGCUUGGCACUCGUACUUCCCAAUACCCCUCUCGAAAGGAUGGGAAAAGGAGAGCAAGUGACGGUGUAGACCGAGGUCUCGUCGAGGAAGCCUACCGUGGAACCGAACUCGACGAUCGAUGGAGCGAUGUCGAGUUCCACGCAGACCUUCUCAGAUCACAGACGCACCGAUAUGCACAGCUCUCAUCGCUCGCGGAUCGCUACCUCUCCGAAGUGUCCACUCGGGCCACACGGGCGCUGCGAGACCUUGCCGAUGGGACCGUGCGAUCGGCCUCUUCGUCCGGUGCUGCCUCUGGAUCAUCCGCCUCGAGGCGUCAGGUGGGCUCGCAGCGUGCCAUCGCUUCGAGACUAGCAAGAGAAAGUCGAGACAAUGUCGAGACGAUACUGACGCGGAUGCGGGACCUGUCGAAAGGGGAGCGCGUGGAGGAAGCAGAAGAAGAACGGGGGGAUGAAAACAUUAAUGUGGGCGAUCGAAGCGAAGGUGAUCUGCUGAGGGCCUUGGCAGGCUCCUGAGUCGGCAGCUGGUGCAUCGCAAGCUGGCUCAAUCGUGCCCACUCGAGCUAUUCAAUCAUGUAUUUUUUCUGAUCAGUCUCUUGCUCUCUUAUACCAUGCAUUACGCCGAC